AUGCGUAUCGCUUAUGUUGUUGCUGGACUGAUCGCCCUGAAUGCGAACCUCUCUGAAGCCCGUGUCGUUGCGCCUCAUGGCUCCCAGAUAAACAUCUCCACUCCAGUCCUUGCGAAGAGAGCACCGGCUGAGCGUGGUGACAUGAACUCGACGAAGGAGGAGGACGAUACCCCUGCAGAUAAAAAGCCAGACUCCGACGAUGCCGUCGGCCGUGUCCACUCCAGUGUCCACGGCGGAUCGGCCGCCCGGCCCGGCUCUUCCAAAUCGGCCUUCCGGACUAUCAUCCCCGGAGCCCAAGCCUCUGACCGGGACGGCUACACCCGGCCGGCUCCUUCCGACCCCAAUCACGGCUCGCCGCUCGACAAGCUCACCUUCCUCAUCAAGCCCGUCGCACACAACGCCACUCACGAGGUUCCAGCCGAGGCCGAAUCGCACGCCCCCCAGCCUGCUGAGGCGCUCCUCAGAGCUGUUGAGCACUUCCGUGAGGAUGUCACCCAUCAGCUUCCGGUCCAUGUCCCGAGCGACGUCGUGUCUUCCACAACCUCCAGCCCCCUCUCAGCACCGUCGCACCUAGUCACCCCAGUCAUCCACCAGUUGCCAAUCGCCGGUGAUGGCAGCUACGGAGAUGUCCUCCCUCUGUCCCAAGUGACCAACACCAUUGACUCGACCAUCCCAAAUGUCGCCCAAGACCCAUCUUCCUUACUCUCCAGCUUACCUGUUGGCGGCUCGAGACAAGCCAGCAACUUAAUCCCUUCCACUCUCCCUAAUCUCGCCAGCAUCACCCCGAACUUGUCCACCCUUCCUCUCCCAAUCGUUGGCGGAAACCCCGGUGGUUCCGACAGCGGCCUUCCAGUGCCUGUUCCUUCUGACCUAACCAGCAUUAUCAGUCCCAUCGUUUCAAGUCUUCCAGUAGGGGGUGUUGCAAGCGCUCUCCCAGUAUCAGACCCGACCGAUGUAGUCAACCGCGUCUUCUCCAACUUGCCCGUCGGCCAAUCUCCCAUAGGCUCUCUUCCCGUCGACCCCUCGACUCUGGCGAGCCCCAUCCUCUCCGGCUUGCCGGUUGUCGGCGACGGGAACGCCGGAUCCCCCUUGAGCUCCCUUCCUCUCGACCCAUCCACCUUGGUUAACCCAGUUAUCUCCAACUUGCCUGCUGGCCAAUCAGCUAGCAACAUCAUCCCCGGAUCCGCCUUGAGUUCUCUGCCAGUUGACCCUGCUAACUUGGCCAAUCGAGUCAUCUCCAACUUGCCAAUCGGUGACGGAAGCUCCGGAUCUCCCCUGAGCUCUCUCCCGGUAGACCCCUCCACUCUGGUCAACCCGAUCCUUUCCAACCUGCCUGUGGGCCAGUCAAACGGCUACACCCAAGGCCCCGGAACGCCUUUGGACUCCCUCACCAACCCAACUGGUUUGGUGAGCCCAAUCCUAUCCAACUUGCCAGGACCCCAAUCUGUUGGCAGCGUGAUUCCUGGAGCCCCGUUGAGCUCUCUCCCUCUCGACCCGGCAAACUUGGUCAAUCGUGUCAUCUCGAACCCAUUAGGCGGGGACGGCACUUCCGGAUCUCCCUUGAGCUCGCUUCCUGUUGACCCCUCCACCCUGGUCAGCCCGGUCCUCUCAAACUUGCCAUUAGGCGGUGCCGGAAGCUCUGGAUCUCCCUUGAGCUCCCUCCCAGUCGACCCCUCCACCCUGGUGGGCCCGGUCCUCUCCAACUUGCCAUUAGCUGGUACCGGAAGCUCUCCCUUGAGCUCCCUCCCAGUCGACCCCUCCACCCUGGUCAGCCCGGUCCUCUCAAGCUUGCCAGUCGGAGCCGGGUCCGGAAGCCCCUUGAAUGCUCUACCAGUUGACCCAACUACCCUAGUCAGCCCGAUUCUGUCCAACUUGCCGGUAGCUCAAUCCGUCGGCAACGUGAUUCCUGGAGCCCCGUUGAGCUCUCUCCCUCUCGACCCGGCAAACCUGGUCAAUCGUGUCAUCUCGAACCCAUUAGGCGGGGACGGCACUUCCGCAUCUCCCUUGAGCUCGCUUCCUGUUGACCCCACCACCCUGGUCAGCCCGGUCCUCUCGAACUUGCCAUUAGGCGGUGCCGGAAGCGCUGAAUCUCCCUUGAGCUCCCUCCCAGUCGACCCCUCCACCCUGGUCAGCCCGGUCCUCUCCAACUUGCCAUUAGCUGGUACCGGAAGCUCUCCCUUGAGCUCCCUUCCAGUCGACCCCACCACCCUGGCCAGCCCGGUCCUCUCAACCUUGCCAGUCGGAGCCGGUGCCGGAAGCCCCUUGAACGCUCUACCAGUUGACCCAACUGCCAUAGUCAGCCCGAUUCUGUCAAACUUGCCGGUAGCUCAAUCCGUCGGCAACGUGAUUCCUGCAGCCCCGUUGAGCUCUCUCCCUCUCGACCCGGCAAACUUGGUCAAUCGUGUCAUCUCGAACCCAUUAGGCGGGGACGGCACUUCCGGAUCUCCCUUGAGCUCGCUUCCUGUUGACCCAUCCACCCUGGUCAGCCCGGUCCUCUCGAACCUACCCCUCGCCGGCACCGGAACCUCCGGAUCCCCCUUGAGCUCUCUUCCUGUCAACCCAUCCACAUUGGUCGCCCCAGUUCUAUCCGGUAACCUGCCUGUUGUUGGAUCAGUUACUGACACUGUUAACGCGCCCCUCGCCAGUUUGCCCAUCUCAAACACCAACCCCACCACUGGCUACUACUGA